ACAAUUCCUUAAAUGGCUGCCUGCUUAGCAGAUUAUUAAUAAUUUUCAUUUUGUUGAGCUCUUACAGACCGACUUUUCAACCCCUCAUUCCUCCUUGCAAUCAAUCUCACAUCCUACAGGGAGGAUAGCGAAUGUGAAAGAUGGCAUCGAAAAUGGCAUCGAAAACGGAUUUAGCAAAGGACAUCAACUUCAUCAAGACCCCUUCAGCCCAGCCUUCGAAGUUUGGUGACCAGGAUUGCGGUGUUCCCACGACCAAUUCCCCUGCAAUCAAAAAUGCUCCUCUUCCUGCUGAAGGCGCUGGAUACGAAAGCUUCAGCAAUUACGCCCUGCUUAGCAUCCUCAUUGGUGUGCCAUGCUUCCUAGCGUGGUUCCUUGGCGGCGGCUUCAAGACCAGAGUUUUCUUUGGAGUCCUCCUUUUUCUCCCAUUGUUGAUUGUCGUCUGGACCUGGACUUCCAAUUUCAGCCCUCGCAUCACGGACAAAACCAAGCUUCCUGGUCGACCCAUCGAGUCCUACAUCACCUUCAAGACGGAUGCCCUCAAGAGCCAGUACAGAAACAGGACCAAGGUUCCGAUGCAGGACUUCACCGAGAUGUACAUCGACGGUGAGGCUGACAUGAACGGCGAUGUCCUUGAUAUUUUGGAGUACCGCUACGACUGGGCUCAUUUCGCCCUCACCUGGUCGUUCAUGAAGUUCAUUUUUGGUACAUUUGCCCGCGACGUCCUCUCUCAUACUCGGGAGCAAGAUAUGGACCAGAUUCGCCCUAACUACGACAGUGGAAACGAUCACUACGCUUGGUUCCUCGGCCCACGUAUGAUCUACACCAGCGGUGCCAUCUCGGAUACUACCAAGGAGGAAACCCUCGAAGAGCUCCAAGAUAACAAAAUGGCUGUUGUUUGCGAGAAGCUCGCCCUGAAGAAAGGCGAGACCAUGCUCGAUAUCGGGUGCGGAUGGGGCACUCUAGCCAAGUUCGCAAGUCUCAACUAUGGAGCCAAGGUAACCGGCGUUACCAUUGCCGAGAAGGGUGCUGCCUAUGCUACUGAUGCCCUUCGCAGUGCUGGGGUUCCCGAGGAACAGAGCAAGAUCCUCUGUAUGGACUACCGCGACAUUCCCAAGGACCAGAAGUUCAACAAAAUUUCUCAACUCGAAAUGGGGGAGCAUGUUGGCGUGAAGAAGCUGACUGGCUUCUUCCGCCAGUGUUACGAUCUACUUGAAGACGAUGGCGCCAUGUAUGUGCAGCUCUCUGGUCUCCGCCAGGCUUGGCAGUACGAGGAUUUUAUCUGGGGGAUCUACUUGAACAAGUUCAUUUUCCGCGGGGCCGAUGCCUCUACUCCCUUGUGGAACUAUAUUCGCUCCCUUGAGAGGGCUGGAUUCGAGGUGAAGAGCGUUGAUACUGUCGGUGUUCACUACUCGGCAACCAUCUGGAAGUGGUAUCGCAAUUGGGUUGGCAACGUUGAUGCAAUCACGGCCAAGUACGGUCAGCGCUGGUACAGAAUCUGGGAGCUCUUUCUCGCCUGGUCUGUCAUUGCCUCGAGGCAGGGUAGCGCCACGUGUUUCCAAAUCGUUGUUGUCAAGAAUCUCAACGCUGUGCACCGUAUCGAUGGAGUGCCGACACAAUUCGGCAUUCGUGGCGCAAUUUCUGCUAGCAGGGCUGCCGGUAAGGGAGCUCUCCCUGCGUAGAAAUCGUAAAGGCGGUGUGAGGUUGAUACACAACGAGUUGCAUCAAAGCACAUGUGCUGUUUUCACUGCUGGAAUAGAGAACUACAGAGGGAAUAGAAAUGGAUGUUUGAGCACCGAGAGCUCUUUAGAUGUGCAGAAAGAGAUUGCAAAGACAAAAGGCCAUUCAAACAAACGUCAGUCUUCUUUACAGCUUGCAUGUAAAUGUAGCUCCCACGUGCCACCGACAGCCGGCGAUAGUUUCAACUCGCACUUUGUGUUGGAUCCGAUACGGUCAACUUGAUCAGGGCAAUAGUGUUCAAAGCAGUGAUGGUGAUGUUGAUGAUUGCUCAGGCCCGGAG